GUCUGUUAAGAACACCAUGGAGCUAUAAACAUGAGAACACUGGCCAAAAACGAAAUUUUACAUGCAUUCACUUCUGGAGGGGAACUAAAUACGCAACCCUCAAAACACAAUGACAACAAAUAUAGAAGGUCACUGAACAAGGACAGUACACGUGCAUAAUACCGAGGUGGUCUACAUUUUUUUAACGGCAGACGUUUUAAUGGCGUGCGGUGGCAGACUCGAACUGUCCGAUUUCUGGCUGAACCACGAAGAUGCGAGCCUCUUCGCAAAAUCUCAGUGGCCCGUCCACCAGUCGAUCUACCUAGCUUGGCGGGUCUUUCUCGCCUUGUAUACCACUGGGUGGCUGGUGGCAGAAUUUGUGGUCUAUUGGGACGACGGAGCGUUCUUCAUAUUUCUCACUAACUGGACCUACAUCGUGCUGACGCUCUACGCUGUCUGGUCAUGCUUUGGCACAUUCUACUUCACAUUUUCUGGUGGCAGAAAAAGUAGGUGCAAUGAAAGCUCAGCCACUGGUCCAUCGCAGGCAUUUGUUCCUCAUCCCCCAUAUACCGAUCCAACAUCCUCGGACGAAAGGCGCCCCCUGCUGCAUCAGCUACCUUCGUCUGAAGAGCCAGCACCCAGCCCUCGCCUGCCGAUCUACUUCAAGCUGGUCUGGCUCACGUUCAACAUCUGUCUUGCCACUGACAUCCUCAUCACGGUGCUGUUUUGGUCCUUUCUGGUGCCUCCACAUCAGUCGCCAGUGGUGUGGGCGUUUAACAUCAACAUACACAUCCUCAAUACAGUUUUUAUAUACACCGAGCUAGCCGUCACCGCCAUCCCAGUCCGUCUUGUCCAUUUUGUCUAUGGCUUAGUCUAUGGCUUACUGUACGCUAUCUUCACGUUGAUUUAUUACCUGGCUGGAGGCAUGAACCCAGAGACAAAAAGCACGGUAAUCUAUCCCAAUCUCGUAGACUGGUCCCAUGCCGGUCAGACGGCUUUGGUCGUAAGCGUAUCUUCAGUCGUGGAGGCCCUGGGUUUUAUUUUCCUAGGCUACGCUGUGUAUCGCCUGCGCGUUUAUAUUCACAGGCGCUACUUCCAUACACGUUCUGACGAUAGGAGUGCUCUUACAACAGCCGACAUUUAAAACAAAAUUGAAUCUUAAUCAAACAAAUCACACAUGAACACAUAAAAUCCUGCAAUGAAACCUGUGUUGGUAUCGGUCUGUAUUGUUCAGACCAUUUGAUAACUAUACAAGGAUUGCAUAACAAAUGUUAAAUGUACAUUUUCUCCUUUUCUUUGUUUUGGCUGAGGCCUUUGCUGCCCAAGUUCUACACGGCAGGAAGUAAACAUGGUUUUAAUGAUAACGCGGUUAAAAUUGUUGUGACAAGGUUUAAACGUACAUUACACAUUUUCUUUGUAGGCCUAUAUAUAUAUAUGUUUCAUAUUGUUUAACUGAACUUGUUGGGAGUAUGUUGAGUUGUUGGUUUUUUCAUGGGACUUUCAAAAAGGGGGAUGUACCGCCCUCUGCUUAAUUCUCCGUCGUUCCGACGUUAUAUCUUGGCUAUACUAUAAUUACGUUGUAAUGUUAGUGUUGCUUUCCUUGAUUUAAUGUUAAUUGUAAUAAAGUAUUAAU